AUGGCGCUCGUGAGGAGGUUGCAGACAGUUCGUUCUCUGUUGAGAACAUCUGAAUCAAGAGAAUCUUUCCUUUCUGUUCGGAGUGGAAAUGAGCUCUCUUGGAUUGAGAGUGGAGAUGAUUCCAGCUUUUCGAGUAAUUUAGUAAUGAAAUUUACAUUUCCAGGAACUGACGCUCAUGGAAAGAGCGUGUAUUCACGCUUAUACGAGUGCCUCAACGCCUACACGCAUUUGCUUCGAUCUGCAAUGAUUGCAGAGUCUAUACCAUUCACGAUGAAAAAAGGUCUUGCAACGCAAGUAAAGGCUCCUCAGCUACAGAAAACGGAUGCUGUUAGAGUGUCGAUGGUAAGUCCUGGAUUUGUUUACGAACCCUAUGCACUCCAUGAGAAAUCUCGAUUUGGCGAAGGUAAAUGUUUCACAAGAAGCGGUUGGCGAAGAACAAAAGAGGAUUUUGUGCGGGAGCUAAGAAGCGCCUACGCUAUCGCAAAGUUAAGAAAGACUGGUUAUUCGAAGAAUAAGUUCUACAUAGAAGCACUGGAGUUAUACAAAGAGAUUAACAUUAUGAUGGCCAAUGGUGACAAGAAGUUAAUAAGGAAGAACGUGACUGAAAGGAUGUAUUCUGCAUUGAAGAACGAAAUUAAACAGAGAGAAGCCAUUUGGAGUGGUGUUCACUGGGAAAUGAUUGAGCCGGUCGUCAAAAUCAAAACUUUACAAGCUCGACUGAUCGGCAUUGAUCGGACGGACCUUUCGAAAGCGUUCAUACAACUGACACUCGAGUUUUUGACAAAGCAGAAAUUUGAAGCAUACGAUUCGAAAGGCAAUGUAGUAUCUGGAGACAAGAACAAAGAGGUGCUUGUACGUGACAUAUGGGUCUUUGAGAAGUCUCUUUUCCACACAGGAGCUUGCUGGCGGCUCUGUGGCCGGAUUAAACUGUGA